AUGGUUUCGACAAAAUUUGUGGUGUUGCUCUUGCUACGAGGCGUCGUCAGUUUGGCCCAAAAAGCCACCAAUGGCGACGACGAUGACCUGCUACCUUCGCCAGGUUCUCCAGAUUCAGGGAACCCUCCGGUGGGAUCGGAACCAGAUGACGAUGUCAAUCCGGUCAUGGAAGAGAUAUUUUCCUCAUGGGCGCUGUUCAUAUUGUUAUUCUUGCUAAUAUCGGCUCUGUGGUCCAGUUACACACUGGCACAGCGACGCAUUAGGGCCGUUCACGAGACGGUGCUUUCUAUUUUCUACGGCAUGGUCGUGGGGCUCAUAAUUCGGCUCACGCCUGGCCACUACAUCCAGGACACCGUGACCUUCAAUUCCUCCUACUUCUUCAACGUGCUUCUGCCGCCAAUCAUCCUGAACUCGGGCUACGAGCUCAACCAAGUCAACUUCUUCAACAACAUCGUAUCCAUUCUGACGUUCGCAAUUCCGGGCACUUUCAUCUCGGCCGUCGUUUUGGGCGUUAUUCUUUACAUCUGGACGGCGUUGGGGCUCGAGGGCGUCGACAUCUCUUUCGUCGACGCGCUUUCCGUCGGCGCCACGCUGUCGGCCACCGAUCCGGUAACGAUUUUAUCCAUUUUCAACGCUUAUAAGGUGGAUCCUAAACUGUACACCAUCAUUUUUGGCGAAUCUCUGCUCAAUGAUGCAAUUUCCAUUGUCAUGUUCGAAACAUGUCAAAAAUUCCAUGGUAAGCCAGCCAAGUUUUCCUCUUUCUUCGAAGGUACAGGGCUUUUCAUGAUGACUUUCACGGUCUCCUUACUCAUUGGGGUCAUGAUCGGAGUUUUAGUCGCGUUACUGUUGAAGCACACCCUGAUUAGAAGAUACCCCCGCAUCGAAAGCUGUCUCGUGCUAUUGAUUGCCUACGAAUCUUACUUCUUUUCGAAUGGAUGCCAUAUGUCGGGAAUUGUAUCUCUUCUGUUCUGUGGUAUAACGCUGAAGCACUACGCUUACUUCAAUAUGUCAAGGCGCACUCAGAUAACGGUCAAGUACAUAUUCCAACUUUUGGCACAGUUAUCGGAAAACUUCAUCUUCAUUUACCUUGGAUUAUCUCUUUUCACAGAGGUCGAACUGGUCUACAAACCUCUUCUCAUAAUCAUAACUGCGAUCUCCAUCUGUGUAGCGCGGUGGUGCGCCGUUUUUCCCCUGUCAAAUUUCGUCAAUUGGCUUUACAGAGUGAAAACUCUUAGAUCAAUGGGCGUCAGUAACACCAACAGCAUGUCGAUUGCAGAUGAAAUUCCCUAUCAAUAUCAAAUGAUGACAUUUUGGGCUGGCCUGCGUGGUGCUGUUGGUGUUGCUUUGGCCAUGGGACUUCAGGGUGAAUUUAAGUUUACCCUUCUGGCAACAGUGUUAGUUGUUGUUGUCUUGACUGUCAUUAUUUUUGGAGGAACUACGGCAGGAAUGCUAGAUGUGCUGGGGAUCAAGACAGGAUGUAUCGACGAAAACGACGAUAGCGAUGAUGAGUUCGACAUAGAAAUGCCGAGGCCAGUAAGUUUGAAUGCAAGCCCGAUCGUCGCCUACAGAGACGAAGAUCCAAGCACAGAGGUUUUAUCCCCAAAUAUAGCCCCGGUCAUCGGCGAGCCCUUGGGCAGUUCACCCGCUCCGCAGGCUACAUCAAGACUAUCGCUCGAUAGGCAACACCUAAGAGACACGUUCGGCACAAUUUUCAAAGCAGAUUCGCAAUGGUUCACGAACUUCGAUGAGCAAAUUUUAAAACCGGUUUUCCUUGAUAACUCUGGGGGCUCUCCUCAACCCGGACAAGCAAGCGAUACCAGUUAUAGAAGGUGA